AUGCAUUAUUAUUUGGUCAAGGACGAACUGGAAAAUCAUAUGGAUAUAAAAAUAUGUACAAGACAACGAUUGGUUGAAACAUGCAAAUUUUUCGUUGUCAAUAGAAACCAAAAGCAACACAAAGAAUAUUUUUCAUUGAAAGAGGUGGUGAUGUGUAUAUGAUCCUCCACUGUAUUCCAGUCGAGUUGCAACUCUUGAAUAGAGUUUUCGAGUUUGUUCGUAACUAAUAUAGUGCAUUUGUUAAUUUUUAUUGUUACAAUAGUUUAAAACAGUUUAAUAAUAUUGAAUAUGAAGUGGAUUCAGAAAAUUAUAUGGUGGUUAAUUGCGAUAAAUACAUUAGAUAUAAUUUAUUUUUCAAAUGCAUCAAUACCGGCUCAAGUUUCUGAACAAUUGAAAUUUGUUUUGAAAUCAUGUUUUGCUGACGACCGGUUGAAUCCAGUAUUUAUCAGUGAAGAUUUGAUCGACAUUGCAUACACUAAAACAACUGACCUGAGCAACAACGUGACUUUUUUUGAAACGGACUUUCCAAUUGUCGUGAUCGAUGAAAAUUUUCGAGCCAAAAAUAUAGAACCGUACUACAACCCAAGAUAUCCUACGUACGUUUUAUCGGUUAAAUCUGUCAAGAAACUCAAAGCAGGUCUCCGAGAAUUAGCGUCUUUGUCCACCUGGAAUACCAACUCACUUUUUUUCAUCGUCCGACACAAUAAUAAAGAUUGUGAUAAAGAUGGAGAAAAAGUGCUGCAAGUUCUUUGGAAAAUGGAUUUGCUAUCCUCGUUUUACGUUUGCCUCGAGCCUGAUAAUAAUAAAACGAUGCUGACUAAUGCAAUUCACGCUGGCACGCGAACAAUGUUGUAUACUUUUAAUCCCUUUUCGAACUACGCGCCCUUGCCCUGGCGGGAAAUCAAUUGUGUUAAGCGACCGAUCGAUGACAGCAAACCCGAGCAAGAUCAAGAUAAGCAUUGGACUCUGUACAAACAACCUUAUUUAAACGAUUCGAAAUUAUGCUCCAGUUUGACUUUUGAUAAAGUGAAGUAUCUUAACGGCUACCCCAUAAAAGCCGUUUUAUCUGCAAAUCGAAAUACAAAUUGGACUCAAAACGACUCAGUAAAUAUUGAAGAAUUACGAAACGACACACCAUACACACAUUUACAGUUUUUUGAAAGCUUAUUCUCAACACUGAUAGAAGGAUUUGUUUGUAUUUAAUAAAUCAAUUUAUUAAAAUCUUUUUCAGAUAUUUUUUUGGGUGGAAAAAAUAUUUUUUUACUAUUAACAAUAUUCGUUAGUAUUAACAAAAUCUAUUUUUUAUGAGAACAAAAUUUUUGUAACUAUUAAGAAGCUUUAAUAUAUUGAAAAAAAUAUUUAUUUCCACCAAAUAAGAUUUGUUAAUAGUUAAAAAAUAUUUUGUUGGUGGUCGGUGUUGAUAGAUGGCUAUACUUAACGCGUAGUUGUAAAAAAAUAUAUAUGCAAAUACAUGAUUUUCAUACGAUAAGUUGCUUAUUAUUUUAUACUUUGCGGAAAACAAUUAAUAAAAUGGAAGCUUUGCUACAAUCGUGGGAUUUAAGUGAGUUAUACUCGAUUUUUUGUGUAAACCAUAUAACUGACUUUGAAAUCCUUGGUGAAUUCCUUACUAAAACUCGAGAAGAGGCCCAAAAAGAAAUAAUCCCUAGUGUUUGUUUACGACUUCGUUUAAAUAAAAAAUAUAAUGAAUGAAUUUCCCAUCACGAGAAGAUUAAUGUAAAACUUUUCUAAAAAUAAUAAGAGGAAUUUUUUAAAUAUUAAUAAUCCAGUGUAUAAAUACUAAUAAAUGAUUUAUUAAAUAUUAAUAAAUCAUUUUUUAUAUGUUAAUAAAUCAUUUGUUAAAUAGUAAUAAAUAUUUGGUUAGCACAAAAAAAUCGCUGCUAAUAAAUGAUUUAUUAACUGUUAAUAAAUAUUUGUUAAGGACCUAUCCUCUAAUAAAUUAUUUAUUAAAUAUUAACAAAUCUUCUUAAAUACAAAAAAAUCCUUCUAUCAGUGAACUCUUAAUGUCACUCCAAUAAUUAAUUACGGUAUUAAAGGUCGAUAUGUUAACAAUACGCCAGUCGGAAAUCUAAAAACGAUCAUAAACGGUACUCACGAUGUUUGCAUAACUUUACAGUUUAUUAGCAAUGACGGUUAUAAAUUCGUGGAUAUUAUCAAUCCAAUCCCUGAGAAUGAUCUCUUCGUGUUAAUUAAAAAAAAUGGCACUCUAAUGCCCGUUGAAAAUAAUCGUAAUUUUAGAAACUAUAAACUUGUUCUUAUCGCACUAAUCGUUUUAUUAAUAGCAUAUAUUAUAAUAAUCUUCAAUAAUAUUAACAAUCAUUUCAUCGAUGGUAAUGACGAUAAUAAUGAUGCUGCGUACGGUAACAGUUUUUUGGACAUUCUUAGAUUUAUCGUAAGUAGUGGAAUAUCGGCACCACUCAAUUCAUACUCAAUGUGUAUAAUGUUCGUGACAAUGACUCUUUUCGUUUUCAUCAUUUGUCCUGAAUUGCAAGGCGAAAUAAUGUCAUCAUCGACAACAAAACAAAAUAAUUAUCCCGCAAGUAUCAAAGAUUUGUUUUAUUUAGAUUAUAACGUUUAUGUUAAUUACGGGUUAAAAAACACUACUAUCGAGAUGAAACUAGAAUUGAAUACUGAUGUUAAACGUCUCCAUACUUCAUUAUAUUCUAUUGAGGAAUGUCAUGAGCGAAUUUUGAAAGACGAUUCAACGGCUUGUGCAUUUAAAAAUAAACUACAGUUAGAUAUGGCGUCUAAAUAUAAUUUCCAUGUAUUUCAGACAUUCGAGAUUUCAAAGUAUACUUUUUUUUGGGCAAGAAAAAAUUUGCCACUAAAGAAUAAAAUUGACCAAAUAGCACUGAGACUACAAGAAUCGGGUUUGGUAGACUAUUGGCAAAGGCAAAGUUUAUAUUAUCCCUUUAAUAAAUUAAAAGCUAAGGAAGCUAAUGAACCAUCUGCGCAGUAUGAUGCAGUUGAUUUCGAACAUCUAGAACAGGCUUACUAUUUCCUAGCAGCAACUAUAGGGCUGUCGAUUGGUGUUUUUAUCAUCGAAAUAAUGACCGGUAAAAUAAAAAACUCGCGACGCCAACAACUGAUUCGCGAAAGACAACGCAGACUAAAAACUGGACUCGAACCAAUGAGAAGAGAAUGUCAAUAAUCGGUUUUUACUAGAUAUACAAAGUUCGCAUGAUUACUAAACGUCAUCCAGCCAGCAUUCAAGUCGGAAUGACUGCUUUACUUGGUCUUUUUGAAGGCGUCUUCAAGAAGUCUUAUAACGACUUCUUAAAGGUGUCAUUUUUAAGAACUCUUAAUUAAGAGUUUUUGAAGACUCCAUAAAUAAGACAUCAGUUUUGUGACUUCUGAAUGUAUUCUUUUUUUAACUUCUUUAUCAAGUCAAAAUUAAGAGCUCCUUAAGACGUCAUUGUAAGUUCUUUCUGAAUUCUUAUUUGCGAAGUCAGAAAAAAGAACUCUUUGAGAACUCUUUUUACAGAAGUCUUAAUGAGUUCGCUAGGUGGCUCAUUCGACAUCUUGAAAACUUCUUAAAGACUUCUUUAAGAUGUUGGUAAGACGUCCAAAUCAUAAAUAGGAACUCAUUCAAAACUCAUCAAGACGUCAUUUUGCUAUCUAGGCAGUCAUUCUACCUUAUAGAUAUUAUAUUGCAAAAAUUUUAUUCAUCACAAAUAAAUUGAUUGAUUUGGGAAAACUAUUUCUUUUAUUUUUUUUCAGUGUUUGAAAUUACCCGGGUCGAAAAAUUUGAUCUGAUUUUAGUCCAACUGGACUGUAUUUGGACUACUUGGUCUGUUAUUGAACUUCGAUAAAAAUUUUAAUCUGUUUUUGAUCUACCUGGACUGAAAAAUUUGACCUGAUUUUAGUCUGAUUGGACUAUUUGAUCUGAUUUUGAUCUUUUAUGAAAAUUUUAAGUUUUUUUCGACCUGCUACUUUAAAAAACAAACGCGUUACGAGCAGACUAAGUAAGAUUAAUUCGUGAACUUUAAAAAAUUUUAGUUCUAAAAAUUUACAAGGACAAAACUAGAUUAAAUCAUGGACUUAUAAA